UGCGUUUGUGUUGAACCGUCUCGGCCACCGUACUGCUUACACCAUUUUGCAAGUGCCAAUUCUAUUGGCUGCUUAUUCAUUUAUUUUUAACUGUACCAAAACUGACCAGAAACUACACCGACUGACAUAGGCUACUGGUGCGCUAAUGCACGCUCUCCCUACAACCCAAAGAUGAAUCCUUUGUGCUUUUAUUUUGAAAGCAACACGCCCAACCGGAAGCCUUCCUUAAACGACUUCAGUUUUCCUGCCUCGGGUCUCUUCUGUGAACGGCCCGAAAACAUAGAAAUCCGGUGCCCGGUAAAUUUGCCUGACAGCGAGGAAAGCCAGCACCAAGGUACGCUUAAUAUGGCGGCGAGGAGUAACUUUACCGACCGUGUGUCGACUGCUGGAAGGUGAACGAAGAGUUGAUAACCGCAUCCGAAGAGCGGAAGUUGUUCAACCAAAACACUCCCAGUGGAUAAGACGGUUUCCCAUUUCUUGUCGUGUGCAGUGUGCAGAGAAGAGCUCCGUGGAGUUUGAAUAACUAAACAGGCACCUCGGCAGACAGGUGCUAUGAGCAGUGAGCUGAACGUGCCGAUGGGUUCCCCGGCCCCAGGGGCCUCAGAGCGGGCUUCAGACGGCGGGGGGAUGGACUACAGGGACUGGGUGAGGCGCAGUUACCUGGAGCUGGUCAGCUCCAACCACCACUCGGUGCAGGCCCUGUCCUGGAGGAAACUCUACCUGAGCCGGGCCAAGCUGAAGGCCUCCAGCAGGACCUCGGCACUGCUCUCUGGCUUCGCAAUGGUGGCCAUGGUGGAGGUGCAGCUGGAGAUGCAGUACAGUUACCCUCCUGUGCUCCUCGUUGCCUUCAGCGUGUGCACCACCGUGCUGGUGGCGGUGCACCUCUUCGCUCUGCUGAUCAGCACCUGCAUCCUGCCCAACGUGGAGGCCGUCAGCAACAUCCACAACCUCAACUCGGUCAGCGAGUCGCCCCACGAGCGCAUGCACUACUUCAUCGAGCUGGCCUGGGGCUUCUCCACGGCCCUGGGCAUCCUGCUGUUUCUAGCCGAGGUGGUGCUCCUCUGCUGGAUCAAGUUCCUGCCCGUAGACUCCGGCGGGGCCCGAAAGGUAACCGCCUGCUGCACCACAACAGCCGAUGCCGGCGCCGCGCCCACGACACCCCCACCCGUGUCGCGGAACAGCGGCUGGCAGGCUGCGCUGGCAUCCACCAUCAUCAUGGUCCCGGUGGGGGUGAUUUUUGUGGUGUUCGCCGUUCACUUCUACCGCUCCCUGGUGGGCCACAAGACGGAGCGUCACCACCAGGAGAUCGAGGAACUGCACAAGAUAAAGGUACAGCUCGACGGCCACGAGAGAGGCCUCCAGACUGUGUGAUAACAUGGCCGCAGCCUUCAGGACUUCCCUGUGUGUGUGUGUGUGUGUGUGUGUGUGUGUGUGUGUGUGUGUGUGUGUGUGUGUGUGUUAUUGUGUAUCUCUUCUCUGACAUUUGUCCUGGUCAUUGUUAAUGCCUUGCUUGGACUGGUAGGCAGUGAGCUUUAAAGCUCCUCACUUUGCAGCACAGACAGCCAGUACAUGUCAGAGUGCUAAUUUAUUCUUAAGAUGCGUUGUAGGACCUUGUGUCUGUUUUUUUUUUUUUUCUGUUAUAUGCGUCGGUCAAGGAUCAUGUAAAAGGUUUACAGAAAAAGGGCUUUUAUGUUCUGUGUGCCAUUUGUUGUUUGUUUUCUUUAGCCAUGUCUGUGUUUUCAUGGUAGGGUGUGGUGACGAAAGUGGGUUCCAUUUUGGAUCUGGUUCCACCUCGGCAAAAUACCUGGAUUCACCGUGAGGCUAACAAAUCUCUUAUUGAAUCUUAUAUCUCCCCUCUCGCCUUGCUAGCACAGAGCUGCCAUCACUCUCGCCAGAGGAAAUGGUAAAUGCCAUAAGUAUCUUGCCAUAAUGCCACAGUAUGUAACGUGACUUGUGUGAUUAUUGUGUGUAAA